AUGAAGGUCUUAUCCUACUUUCUUGUUCUCACUCUUCUGUUCUCUUCAUUCUCAUCCUUUUCUUUGGCUUUAACUGAUGUUGAGGCAUCCUACAUUGCGCAUAGACAACUUCUAGACCUUUCGCAGAUCAAAGAUGAGUCUACCUAUAACUUAGAUACUAGCUUAACUUUUGAAAACACAAGGCUCAAGAGAGCUUAUAUAGCUCUUCAAGCAUGGAAAAAAGCUAUGUACUCUGACCCCUUUAACACAACUGUAAAUUGGGUUAGUGCAAAUGUGUGUGCCUAUAACGGUAUAUUCUGUUCACCGGCACGCGAUGAUCCCAAAUUGAAAGUUGUUUCUGGUGUUUAUCUUAACCAUGCUGACAUAGCUGGGUAUUUUCCGGUUGAGCUCGGGCUCUUGACGGAUCUCACCUCAUUCCACAUAAACUCUAACCGAUUCUGUGGAAUCAUCCCGGAUAGUUUCUCUAAGCUGCAACAUUUGGAAGAGCUUGAUAUCAACAACAACCGCUUCGUAGGUAAAUUUCCAAAUGUUGUUCUAGAGUUGAAUCACCUUUUUAACUUGGACAUCAGAAAAAAUAAUUUCGAAGGGCCAAUUCCAGCAAAACUCUUUGAAAAGAAUAUUGAUGUUUUGCUCUUAACAAACAACAAUUUCACAUCCAGAAUCCCCGAUGAAUGUGAAAGGAAGUGUGGAAAAAUAUCGCCUCCACCAACACCAUCAAAUAGUUAUAUGCCACCUCCCACAUCCAAGCCACCAACAUCAACUCCGCCAACACCUACAGCCCAAUCAUCCCCACCUUCGACUCCAUCAAAGAGUUAUACUCCACCUCCCACAUCAAAACCACCAACUUCAACUCCACCAACCCCAUCAUCCCAAGCAUCACCUCCUCCGACACCAUUAAAAAGUUAUACCCCACCUCCCACAUCCAAACCACCAACAUCAACUCCGCCAACUCCUUCAUCAAAAGCAUCACCUCCUCUGACACCAUCAAUGAGCUAUACUCCACCUCCCACAUCCAAUCCACAUCCCAUAUCAAAGCCACCAACAACAACUCCGCCAACCCCUUCAUCCCAAGCAUCACCUCCUCCGACACCAUCAACGAGUUACAUUCCACCUCCCACAUCAAAGCCCCCAACAUCAACUCCGCCAACUACUUCAUCUGAAGCAUCACCUCCUCCGACACCAUCAAAUCCACCAGCCCCUUCAUCCCAAUCAUCACCACCUCCAGCGCCAUCAACAAGUUAUACUCCACCUCCUACAUCUAAGCCACCACCAUCAACUCCUCCAACUCCUUCAUCCCAAGCCUCACCUCCUCCAACCCCAUCCAAGAGUUAUACCCCGCCACCUACGUCAACUCCACCAAGCCCUUCAUCUAAAGUAUCGCCUCCACCAAAAGAUGAAAAAACUUUUAUUCCACCUCCCAUUUUCAAGCCACCAACUUCAACUCCACCAAGACCUUCAUCCAAAGUAUCACUUCCACCGGAAGAAGAAAAAACUUAUACUCUACCUCCCAUUUCCAAGCCACCAACGUCAACUCCACCAAGCCCUUCCCAACAACCAUCGCCUCCUCAAGAAUAUAACACUAAUUCUCCACCUCCCAUAUCCAAGCCACCAACAUCAACUCCACCAACCCCUGCUUCCCAAGCAUCACCACCACCCACACCAUCAAAUAGUUAUACUCCACCUACCACAUUGAAGCCACCAACAUCAACGCCGUCAACCCCUACAUCACAAGCAACACCACCUCCUACACCAUCAAGGAGUUAUAAUCCACUUCCCAUAUCAAAGCCACCAACAUCAACUCCCCCAACCCCAACAUCCCAAGCAUCACCUCCUCCGCCACCAUCAACGAGUUAUAUUCCACCUCCCACAUCUAAGCCCCCAACACCAACUCCGCCAACUCCUUCAUCCCAAGCAUCAGCUCCCCCGACACCAUUAAAGACUUAUACACCACCUCCCACAUCAAAACCACCAACAUCAACUCCGCCAACCCCUUCAUCCCAAGCAACACCUCCUCCGACACCAUCAAAGACUUAUACUCCUCCUCCCACUUCUAGUCCACCAAGUCACACGCCAAAGCCAUCUCAUGUCCCGACACCAUCUUUGACACCAGUUUCGGAUCCUCCUAAACAUGCCAAAGUUCCUCCAAGCCCAGCUUCAACACAAACACUAGUUUCGGCUCCUCCUAAACCUGGCAAAGCAUCUCCAGGCCCAACUCCAACAGGAACACCAAUUUCGACUCCUCCUAAACCUGGGAAAGCAUCUCCAAGCCCAACUCCGACUCGAACACCAAUUUCGGAUCCACCUAAACCUGGCAAAGCAUCUCCAAGCCCCACUCCUACUCGAACACCAGUUUCGGCUCCUCCUAAACCUAGCAAAGCAUCUCCUGGCCCAUCUCCAACUCAAACUCCAGUUUUGGAUCCUCCUAAACUUGGCAAAACAUCUCCCAGCCCAGCUCCAACUCGAACACCCAUUUCAUCUCCCCCUAAACCUGUCAAAGAAUCUCAAGGCCCAUCUCCGGCUCGAACACCAAUUCAGCCUCCACAAAAAACUCCUAAGCAAUCUCCUGUCCCAACUCCAACUUUAACACCAGUUUCUACUCCUCCUAAACGAUCACCAGUCCCGGCCCCGACUCUAGCUCUCAAACAAAGUAAUCCACCUCCAAAACCAUCCCCAGUCCUAAAUCCCAUUAAAAUACCAAGUUCUCCCCAGAAACCUCCCAAGCAGUCCCCUGUCCUGGCUCCAACUCCAAAACUAAGUUCUCCACCUCAAAAACCUCCUCAGCCAUCCCCAGUCCCAGCUCCAGCUAAAACACCAAGUUCACCCCAGAAACCUCCUAAGCAAUCUCCAAUCGCGACUCCAACUCACAUACCAGUUUCAGCACCACCUAAUUCGUCUCCAGUCCCGACUCCUACUCGAACACCAAUUUCUCCACCUCAGAAACCUCCUAAGUUAUCUCCAGUCCCGGUUCCAACUCAUACACCAAUUUCAACACCUCCUAAACCGUCUCUAGUCCCAACCCCUGAUAGAACACCAAAUUCUCCACCUCAAAAACCUCCUAAGCCAUCUCCAAUCCCCGCUCCAACUCAAACACCAGUUUCAACUCCUCCUAAACCGUCUCCAGUCCCAACUCCAACUCGAAUACCAAGUUCACCACAGAAGCCUCCUGAGCCAUCUCAAGCCCCAACUCCAAUUUUGACACCAAUUUCUGCGCCUCCUAAACCUACUAAGCUAUCCCCAGUCCCAGCUCCAAAUUCUACACCGGUUUUAGCUCCUCCUAAGCCAUCUCCUGUCCCACCAUCGGUUCAAUCGCAUCCACCGACACCAACUUCUACACCAGUUUCAACUCCUUUUAAACCAUCUCCUGUCCCACCACCAAUUCAAUCACAUACACCAAUUUUAGCUCCUCCUAAGCCAUCUCCUAUCCCACCAUCUGUGCAAUCCCAUCCACCAGCACCAACACCCACACGAUCUUUAACUCCUCCUCCUCUUCACGCGGUCUCUUUACCACCGCCAGGAAACGAUGACUUCAUUCUCCCACCAACCAGCGCUUCCACUGUUGCUCAAAUUCUCGUCGCCGCUGAUGAUUGUACGGUGAAUGGGAUAGACAGAAUCGACGGUGAACUGAGGCCCGUGAGCUUGCAGAUUGGAAAAAGCUCGACUGUGAGCUUGAGGAUUAGGAGAAGCUUAGCUGCGGAGAGAAGUGUGAUAUGGCCGGCGAAUCUGGUGGGUGGUGCAGCGGCGAUGACGGACUGGCGAGGAUGA